AGUUGCAGUAAUGUACAACGCUGGCAACCAUUUCUUAUAUUUCCACAAACUUGGUGAGUCUAGACGAACGAUAGAGGAAGAAAACAGGCUGGAGUUGAGUUGAGAGAUUUGGACCCAAGCCUACUGAUGAUGGGUGAGGAAGGCCCUCCCAGUUUGGAGUACAUCCAAGCCAAGGACUUGUUCCCCCAAAAAGAGCUGGUUAAGGAGGAAGAAUCUCUGCAGGUCCCAUUCACUGUGUUGCAGGGUGAGGGGGUGGAGUAUCUUGGCCAUGCUAAUGAUGCCGUGAUCGCCAUCUCCAACUACCGGCUUCAUAUCAAAUUUAAGGACUCUGUGAUCAAUGUGCCUUUGAGGAUGAUGGAAAGUGUGGAGUGUCGGGACAUGUUCCAGCUGCACAUUGUCUGCAAGGACUCCAAAGUGAUCAGGUGCCAUUUCUCCACCUUUAAGCAGUGCCAGGAGUGGCUGAAGAGGCUUACUCGAGCCAUUGCCCGCCCUGCUAAGCCUGAGGACCUGUUUGCAUUUGCCUACCAUGCCUGGUGCUUGGGGGUUUGUGCUGAUGAGGAGGAUCAGCAUGCACAUCUAUGCCGCCCAGGAGACCAUGUAAGAUACCGGUUUCAGAUGGAGUUAGCAAGGAUGGGCUUUGACUUGCAGAAUGUCUGGAGGGUCUCUGACAUCAACAGCAAUUAUAAACUCUGUACCAGUUAUCCCCAGAAGCUGCUAGUUCCGGUCUGGAUCACAGACAAAGAGCUGGAGAAUGUGGCCUCCUUUAGGUCUUGGAAAAGGAUCCCUGUUGUUGUGUACAGACAUCUGCGGAAUGGGGCCGUGAUCGCUCGUUGCAGUCAGCCAGAAAUAAGCUGGUGGGGCUGGCGCAAUGCUGAUGAUGAGUAUCUUGUGACCUCCAUUGCCAAAGCCUGUGCCUUGAACCCUGGAGCAAAAGCAGCCAAUGGAACGGCCCAAAAUGGAACCAGCGAAGGCAACGAGGCCUGUGACACAGACUUUGAUUCCUCACUGACGGCGUGUUCAGGUGUGGAGAAUGCAGGUGCUCCGCAGAAACUGCUCAUCCUGGAUGCCAGGUCCUACACUGCAGCUGUGGCCAACAGGGCAAAGGGAGGAGGCUGUGAAUGUGAAGAGUAUUACCCCAACUGUGAAGUGGUGUUCAUGGGCAUGGCCAACAUCCACGCCAUCCGGAACAGCUUCCAGUAUCUUCGUGCUGUCUGUAGCCAGAUGCCAGAUCCUAGCAACUGGCUUUCAGCCCUGGAGAGCACCAAAUGGCUGCAACACCUUUCUGUCAUGUUGAAGGCUGCAGUUCUCGUCUCCAAUGCAGUGGAUCGAGAGGGGCGUCCAGUGUUGAUUCAUUGCUCAGAUGGCUGGGACAGAACCCCACAGAUUGUAGCACUGGCAAAGAUUCUUCUGGAUCCAUAUUACAGGACCAUGGAGGGUUUCCAGGUGCUGGUUGAAUCAGACUGGCUGGAUUUUGGUCACAAAUUUGGUGAUCGCUGUGGCCACCAGGAGAAGGUGGAAGAUCAGAAUGAGCAGUGCCCAGUGUUUCUUCAGUGGCUGGAUGCUGUCCAUCAGCUGCUCAAACAGUUCCCCUGUCUGUUUGAAUUUAACGAAGCUUUCCUGGUGAAACUGGUACAGCACACAUACUCCUGCCUGUAUGGGACCUUCCUGGGCAACAACCCUUUUGAGCGAGAAAUGCACAACAUAUAUAAACGCACCUGCUCGGUGUGGUCACUCCUGAGAGCUGGCAACAAGAACUUCCACAACCUCCUCUACAUGGCCAGCUCUGAGCAGGUGCUGCACCCAGUGUGCCAUGUGCGAGCGCUGCAUCUCUGGACAGCAGUGUAUCUCCCAGCAUCAUCCCCCUGUCCUCUAGGGGAGGAGGGCAUGGAACUCUACUUGCCUUCAGGAUCCCAAAGCCAGGAGUUCAGUGGCAGAUCUCUGGACAGGUUACCAAAGACAAGAUCCAUGGAUGACCUGCUUUCAGCUUGCGACUCCAGCAGUCCGCUGACCCGUACUUCUAGUGAUCCAAACCUGAACAACCACUGUCAGGAAGUCAGAGUGAGCCUGGAGCCCAGAUAUGCCAGCACAGAUGGCAGCGAAUUGCUUUUAGAGGAAGGCAGUGCGGUGGCUGUGAGGGAAACACAGAAGGUACAGGGAGAGCAGAAAGAAACUUCCCCCUUGCAUGCCAGCAACAGUAAAUUUGACAAGAGCAUGGAUCAUCCAGCACAGCAGUGUGAGCCACUAAGUAACUGGGUGCCUUCACCACUGAAUAACAUCUCUCUUGAGGCAGAAGUGGGAAGCAGGCCAAAUCUGAAGGAUGUAACUGGUGUAGGCCCAGCUCCAAGCUCUCCUCAACAGGAGAACUUCUACAGGACUUGCGCUAGUUCUGGGGAGCAGAUUGAAACACGUUCUCAUGAGCCUUCAAAAGCCAGCCUGGAAUCCCAUGGAAGACGUGGUGGCCAUGUGAGACCUCUUUAUCAAGACACUUUACCUCCUGCCGCAGGCAUUUUCAGUCAGGACGCCCCAGCACCAAAUGUUCCUUGUCAGGGUACCUUGGGCCCUAGGUUAAGCAUUCCCUACCAAGACGAAAACACUGGCAAAAGCAAAAAUGGCAGGAUUGGGCACUGUGAGGAAACAGGCCGGCUAGGAAAAGUGCCACUAGAGCUGUGGCGAAAGCCAAUUUCCCAGAGUCAGACCAGUGAAUUCUCCCUUUUGGGUUCCAACUGGGACAGCUUCCAGGGGAUGGCAACAUCACUACCCAAUGGAGAGCCUGUGCCCAGACGGCUCCUUUCCCAUGGAUGUUGUAACAAGAGGUUGAACAGCAAACAGUUGCGGACACCAGGGCUCUACUUCAAUGGUCCAUGGUCUCCAAGAGAAGGUGUAAAGCCCUCAGUCUGCCCUGGCCACCCCAGUGCCCACUGCACAGGCCCUGUGGUGAAGUCUAACUGGCCAUGGUUACCUUGCCAUCUAAAGCAGGUAUCUGGCCCCAAGCAUGUGCCACCAAAAUGCCCGUCUCCUGUGCCUCCUGUCUACCUAGAUGAUGAUGGGCUUCCUUUUCCCACUGAUGUGAUCCAGCACAGGCUGCGGCAGAUUGAAGCCAGUUACAAACAGGAGGUGGAGCAAUUGCGCAGGCAGGUGCGAGAGCUCCAGCUAAGGCUGGAUAUACGUCACUUCUGCGUCCCCCCAGCUGAGCCCCAGAUGGACUACGAGGAUGACUUUACCUGUCUGAAAGAAUCUGAUGGCAGUGACACAGAGGAUUUCUGCUCUGAUCACAGUGAGGACUGCCUCUCUGAAGCAAGCUGGGAGCCUGUUGAUAAGAAGGAGACUGAGGUUACACGUUGGGUUCCAGACCACAUGGCCUCACACUGCUUUAACUGUGAUUGUGAAUUCUGGUUAGCCAAACGGAGGCACCACUGCAGGAACUGUGGGAACGUGUUCUGUGCUGGCUGCUGCCAUCUGAAGCUGCCCAUUCCUGAUCAACAGCUCUAUGACCCAGUCCUUGUCUGCAACUCAUGUUAUGAUCACAUCCAGGUGUCUCGUGCCAGGGAGCUCAUGAGCCAACAUCUGAAGAAGCCAAUUGCUACAGCUUCCAGCUGAAUGAUGGAUAAGGGACCCUAUCGAAGCUCUGCCUUUUCACUCACAAUUUGAGGGAAGGCCCUGCCUCUGCUGUAGUUUUGAAGGCCUUCGGUGUGGCACUUAAACACCAAGCUCGAAUGCACUGUCUUCAGCAGUCCCAUAUCAGUCCGGAGCAGAGGAAUUCAGAUUAGAGAAAACAGUGGGGCCCCCCACUUUGGUAACAGUGUGUCCACAUGCUAUGGUCUGACCACCUAGGCCUAAAUAGGGGACCACAACCUUCUACCCUAUGGGCUGGACAGCAGUGUUUUCACAGAUACUGCCUGUGCAAAGUACCCUAAAAGCAAUAGAAUGGCAUGUUUAGAACCAAACUUUCCCAUCCAAAGACAGGCAGUAUUGUAGAAGAAGGACGAGGGCAGACUCUGGGCAACAUCCAAGCAGAAAGGCUCAGUCUGUAGGGGUUCUGUUGGUUCUCUUUUCAUUGAGUUAAGUUUGCAACUAGCUUGGUGGAUGAGGGGUCUGGACUCACUAGCCAUCACUGAGCUGACUUUCUCUUGAUUGUAGAAAAGGAUUGCGUUCUGUAUGAAAGUGAGAAAGGGCUUCUCUCUGAGGCCAAGCAGAUCUUCACUGAUAUCCAUGUCCUGCUGGGAAUGGGGAAUGCACUAGACUCUGCCCUCCAUCAUUAGUGUGUAGGGAGAAGGGAGACUGGUUUGUUCACUUCGCGCUCUAACUUUGUUUUCCUAGACUCUGGCAGUGUCACAGCCUAGUGCUAACACAGGAAUGACCUUGUGAUCCUCUCCAGGCAUGGAAACACAACAACUUGUGCUCCUGUGUUGCUCUUCCCCCUUUUGCUGCUGCCAUCUCCUCAAUUUCCUGUUGUUCUUUAUCCUGAAAACUUGACAUCUGGAGGAUUUAGACCAUAAUGUGUUGUUUUACCUCCUGGAAUGUGCUGUUUGGUGUAUGUGAGGGUUUCAGUCCAAAUGCUGCUAUAUAUUUCUGUGCACUUAAUGUCACCCGAAGAAGGGAGAAUGAAGCAUUAAUACCAAAUGGGGAUGGGGGAGAAUGCCAGCCAGUGGGGACUUUGCAGUCUGUGAUUUCACGUUAGUCUGUAUAACCAAAAGAUACAGUAAUAGGCAUGUGUGGCAUCUGCUUCUACACAACAGAAACAGUCUCUGAUUCAUGCUGAUACCACCUAGAAGUCUCUCUUGAAUUUGUCUUCCUUUUAUCUGCUGUACAGAAAUCAAAUUUAGAGUUGCCCAUUUUGAAAUCUAUAGUAAUUGCUUCUCUACUGCUUCCAUACUCUAGAUACCAGGUGUCCCAGCUCAUUUAAGGAGAACUAACUGGGAUUUGAAUUUAGAAAGACGUGGAUUACAGAUGAGUUUCUGCCCUUUCCUGGAUCCUUAUAGGCAAUUUCCGUGCUAUCUUAUUCCUAAGAAACCUGCAGAGAUGUUAAUGGGUGUGAGGGGGAAAAGCAUGGAACCAAGGACAUUUCUUUAUAGCAGUGUAGAUUGUUUCUCUCCAAACUGAAUGAGAAGACCCCACAUAUCUUACACUUCAGGAGCUGAGACUCCAUAGGGGGAGGGGCUGUGAGCCCCUGCCUGAUCUAGUAAAUAACUAGGCAAACACUUGAUAUCACACUCUGAUUGCCCAGCUAUUUAUUGCCAGUGGUUUGUAAAGUUCAAUUGAAGGAGUGGAAUAAAGAGUCCUUUUCUGUACUUUUACAUGCCAGCGUCUCUCUCUCUCUCUCUCUCUCUCUCUCUCUCUCUCUCUCUCUCCCAUAUCCCAACAAUAUAAACAAAGCUAGUGUCAUCUGAAGAGACUGUAUCUGCUCUUCCAUACUGGGAGCAAACAACGUGGCUUUGAGAAGGGAAACGGACACUGUACUGCUGAUUCUCCCCUGCCUUGAAAUUUGCAGUAGGUUGCAUAGGUGAAACUGUUUGCUGGUAUCAAGGCAGCAGAGAAUCAGGCCCCGUAACCCUGGACCCUUUGAUUCAGGCUUGGUUAAUCCAAACUGCUUUUGGGCCCAAAACUCCAAAAUCAGUUCAGUCGGGUUGUAACAAAUAAUAUGUGCUGUAAAACUCAAUACAGUUGAAAUAAAAUCUCUAUAUUAGU